CCUUUUUUGCGUGGAAGGCAUGUUAACUUAACGUGAUUUUCCUGUAUGGACCUUAAUUAUGUUCUCUCUUAAUUUAUCGGCAAUUCGGCAGAGCUAUGAGGCCGUCAUUCCCUGUAUCUUCCUAUUUUGAAGGCCGCCCGCUCGCGCACAAUGCAUGGCGUCUAUUCCAAAAUCCCUUUCCCUCCACGACACCGCUUCCAGCCCACGCAACCCUCGAACAAUGGCGAGGGCUCGCCGGGGACGACAAAACGCCGCCGCAUCGCCGCCGUCGCUGGCCCUGCAGCUGCAGGUGGCCAGCCUCGUCAUCGUCUUCGUCUUCGCCUUCUCCUCCGCCAUCACGCCUACACGAGCUGAUCAUGUAGAAGGACGUAAGUGCACUUCUCAGCUGCUUCGAUUUCAAUCCCCUUCACCACGCACGCAGACAUGUCGCACGAGAUGUUUGGCUACGAAAACGACGCGACGGGGCCGGCGAAGUGGGGCUCGCUGCACAAGGAGUGGGCCGUCUGCGGCGACGGCAAGAAGCAGUCGCCGAUCGACAUCACCACGGUGGAGCCGCAGAAAGUGAAGGAGCCGCUGAUGCAAGCCUACAAGGCCGGCGCCACCACCAUUCAGAACCGAGGCCACGACUACAUGCUGAAAUGGAAAGAUGGGAAUAGCAAGCUGACGGUCCAAGGGAAGGAGUACACGCUCAAGCAGGUGCACUGGCAUGAACCCUCCGAGCACACAAUCAACGGAACCAGGUUCGACGCAGAGAUGCACAUGGUUCACGAGGACCCCAGCAUGGCGAGAGCCGUCGUCUCUGUGCUGUUGAGCACCAAAGCAGGCCAACCCAACGCAGUGCUCACCGAGAUGGCGCCACAUUUCAAGAACCUUGCUGGUAAAGAGAAGGCCGAGGAGGAAGUGAAGGAGCCUGUUGAUCCAUCGACCUGGGUAGAUAAAACCUCAGGCUACUACAGAUACGACGGCUCCCUCACAACACCGCCUUGCACUGAAGGAGUGAUCUGGACGAUCAUGAGCAAGAUAGGAGAUGCAUCGAAGGAGCAGAUUGACUUGCUCAAGACAGUGGCUACGACUGUGGAACCAAAUGCACGGCCAGCUCAGAAACUCAACGAUCGAAUUGUGAGGAGCAAACGGUACAACAAGGUUGUUGCAUCUACUACUGCCAAACCACUACAGCAAACAGCACUACAGCGCCUUGCAUCAGAAGGGCGCACAGAGCUAGCGCCACCAGGACAGCGCCACAAGAAAACAGAGCACUACGCGCAGCAUAUGUUCCAAGUUUUUAUCAGGUAUCUUAGGACAUCAAGAGGCAGUAGAUAGACCAUAAUACCAUACCAGAUUGAGUACAGCCUUAAGCCAUUCUGACCAGAACAUACUAAAUCCCAAUGGCAUAUUAACCUCAAAUGUUGCUUCAAUUUAACUGCUCGGACACAUCCAAUGAAUAAC